CUUGGAACCAGUCUUGAGCCGGAAUUCAAAAGAAACAGCUGCGACGGCUUCGGCGAUAGCAGCAACGUGGUUGUUGUACGUUUUUUGAUGGAAUAUCAGCAGUUAAAAUUGGAUUCGCUUUACCAGUUCUGCACAGCAUCGACAGCAUCAUUACCGCUGUUACCGGCAAGUGGCGAGAAACCAGAGCUUCGCACGUAACGCUAUAGCGGUUUAUCGUCCUCGAAUUUUCGUGCAACAGCAGCCAACAUGCCACGAUUUCAUGCCGUAUAUUUCACCCUGCUUGCACUCCUCGCAACAUUGUUGGUAAACAUGGCAGAAAGCACUCUCCAGCCAAAGGCGCCAAACUUUCAGUACUUUGAGAGACCCAAGUACCGAUACCCGUAUUAUGACGAAAACGGCAAAGGGAAACUUCUGUACGGCUAUGGAGGCCCGGAACUUUAUCAGUACAAAAGCUACUCGCCGCUGGAUGGAAUUCACUAGCAAGCAAAGAAAUAAUUGUAUAUAGUAAACAAAGGUAUUCGAAAUAACAUUAAUAACAAAGUGAUAUCGCGAUUAUCACUCUUGGCCGGAGCGCAGCAAUCUUCUAAGACUUACGGUUUGUUUUAAAUUACUCAAUCAGUCAGAUUAUUCUAAUCAAUAAAACGUUAAACUC